AUGACCACUGCUGUUCUUCAUCGAACUACCAUCACGACUAGCACUGCACGUACUUCUACUCCUAUCACGAAAAGCACUGCACGUACUUCUACUCCUAUCACGACUAGCACCGCACGUCCUUCUAUUACUAUUGAUCCAGCUGAAUUACUUGUCGAAAGGUCUCCUUCUUUCUCACAGCAACAUAGCAAUCCUUCAAAUGGUAGUCUAGCUGUUUUUGUUUUUCAUACUCGUCAUUUUGUGCUCGCUAAUCUUCAAGUCUUUCUUAUCCGGAAAUUAGGUAUCAACUUAGCUGCCGUCGAAAUUUUUCUCGAUGGGCCUCCAUCAGAAGAAAUGCGACAAGUUGCUGCUAGGUAUAAUGCCGGACUACAUAGUUUACCAACAAAUAUAAACAACGAUACUAAUGCACCAUCGGUUAGAAAUACCAAUCUUGUUCAAUGGGCAUUAAAAAUAAAAGGAAAAGAUUAUCUUAAAAAUGGUUCUGCUGUUCUUUUACUUGAUGGGGACGUGCUUCCUUUAACUGAAUUUAACUCCAACACACUUUUGAAUUCACAUGAUAUUGUUUGUCGAAAACAUUCUGUUUCUUAUGCACGAUUUUGUUGGAUUGGAUUGAUUUGUUUAGCUCCACAAUUAUACAACACUGUAGAUGAUUUUAAUGUAGCAUGGACAUCGCGCGCAGGAAAAUUUUACGAUGCCGGUGGUCGAACAGUCGAAUAUUUGUUGAAAUAUCAAAAUACAUCGUUUUCUUGGAUGAAAGAAACCAUUUUACUUCGUAAUGAUAAAGAACUAUUUUGGGGUGCAAUUGAUAAUGACACUUCUUGGAUUAGAGCUCAUUUUGAUCGUUGUGAUAAAUGUGGACCUGAAAUUUUUUUUUCAUCAUUUAACAAUAGUGAUGUAGUGUUUUAUCACAUGAUCAGUGGAACUUCGGAAUGGAGAUUCCCAGAGCAAGUUUCACGUAGGCAAUCCAUUUAUGACUCUUUCAUGCAAUCUCGAUAUGGAUUGAACCUCACAAAUGACAUUUCCAAAGAAUCAUUUAUGUCUGGACUAACUGCAUCUGUGAGAAAAAUACAACAAAUGAGACUAAUACCUUUUCAUGGAAAUCUUACCUGUGGAAGUGUUAGUAAACGAUUAAAUAGAAUAGUAUAUGAUUCUAUCUUUACAAACCGUUUGAUCUUACUAAGAUCUGUAUCGAAUCGAAUACUUGAUCAAUUUUGUUUACAUAUAUUACCUAAAACUCAUGAUAAAAUAAAAUGGCUUAAUCUUGAAUCAUGUUCAAUCGAACGUGUCAACGACGCUACAAAUUAUCCAAAUUUAAACGCACUAGGUUUACACAAUGUUCAACAAGAAAUGGAUACAUCAUUCUUUACUGAGGAGAAGAAAGGUAAAUGUCAAAUUUAUUCAUAUCCAGUUACAAUGAGACGUCAUGAAGUUAUUGCAAAUAAUUUUCCAGAUGGAAUAUUCAAAUGUGUUCGUGAAGUAUCAUUAUUUGAUGAACGUCCUUUUGAAUAUAGAUUUUUUCUUCGACUUCAGAAAGCAUUUCCAUUUAUGAAUAGUUUAUUGGUAAAUAAUAAAAAAGCACAAAAUAACAAAUUAUCGUCUGAAUCAAAUAAUAACAAUCAACAAUCGUCAAUCAUUGAAUAUUUCUAUUUAACUCAUCUUAAUCUUAGUUACGCUCAUUGUGUUUAUCUCGAACAGUGUCUACUUGAUACCAAAAUGUGUUUACCAAGUAAUGUUCAUCUUGAUGUCGAUUAUCAAUUUUUAAAAAGAGUAACACACAAUGUUAAAAUAGAUGAAAUACGAAUUAAUUGUGGCAAAGUUAGAUAUGUCACCUCAAGUACUAUACGACUUCCAAAACAUUUCAGAAACUAUUUUCUUUGA